UUUGUAUUUAUUUAAUUCAUUAUUCUUCUUUUGGCUCUGGCCGUAGUGCUUUGCGUUCACCCAUUUAUCUAAUACCUUGUGAUUUGCUGUAACACGUGCAGCAUGUGUGCACGAGACUAUGCAGCUAGUCCGUUGAAAGUUGUUGCUGUUCAGAUGUUUCUGUUAGAUAUAUUGUACAUUUUACAUUAACAUACGUCCAAAAUAAUGAGGAAAUAUUGGCAAAAUUGAUACUUAACGGUUCCUGAAUAAUACGCGGUGUCAUCAAUGGAGAGAUCAAAGCUACAACUGCAACAUGGUAAAGAAAAAGCGUCUGAGGCUUAUAGCCGAGAUGGCACGGAAGAUCCGGGCCUACCGGGAGCUGAAGAAUCGGCCCCAGGACUCUCAGCGCUAUGCCUUAGACUACGACACCAUGACGCGGCCCUUUACUGGCAAAAAGCUGCCAGUGUUGGCUUGGAAGGAUGUGCGGAGAGAAACCCGCCUCUUUACAUUACUAGCUGGCAUGCGCAUGUUUGGUGUGGGUCGACUCUUCACACGCAAAUCAUGGCUGGACGAGCAUACAGAGCCAUGCUACUGGAAAAUAACAAAAGUCAAGGUGGAUUAUACAGCAGAGAACAUGGAUCAUGGGAAAGCAUGGGGUAUUCUAACAUUUAGAGGUAAAAAGGAGCCUGCAGAGCGUGAAGUGGAUAAAGUAAUGUAUCAUGACUGGCGACUGGUGCCCAAACAUGAAGAAGAGGUCUUCAAGCACUGUGAACCUGUCCCUGAGCCCCCUGUCCGUUAUGUGAAAUACCCGCCCCUGCUGCGUGCCAUGAUCCUGGCCCAGCAAGCCAAACAGCUGGGUGUGGAUGUCAGCACUAUCCCAGAGCCCUCUCUACCAUUGAAACGGGAUGUUUUGCUCAAUUAUGAGUACUUCAGGAGUCAGGAUGAGAAGAAACAAGAGGGUACACCUGUCUGAUGCUCAGGUCCACUUGAAGGUCAUGCUGUGGAGAUCUGAGUUCUGUUGCAGUGGUCUUGAUGGGAACUUCUCUUGCUCCUAAUUUGAUGGGCACUGCUUGCAGUAAAAGACUUGUUUGUGAUUAAUGCUAUGUUUUAUUAGAACAAAAUAUAGCUAUAUUUUCAUCCAUCUUCCUUGGAUCAUGUCGCUAUUUACUGAGGAAGAAAAAAGGAGAUUUCUUUAGCACAUUUGGACAGGUGACCAAUAGAAGAAUCCUCUGUGGAAAGACUCUUCAUUUUUAAUAUCUGUGUUAAUAUAUGUGUAAUAUUCUUUACAAUAUGUAAGCUAAAUAUGUUUAAGUUGUAUGCAUUACAGAUAUAGAAUAAAAAUGGCUAAACUGAA